AUGAAGUACUACUCGAAGAAAGGGCAUCGGGAGCAGGCUGAGGCUAUGGGCGUUCCGCCAGAUGUAAACAACCCGCCUUUCUACAUCCCGUUGAAACCGGUGGAGGGGCGGUACAAGUUGAUCCAGGAGUUGGGCAACGGGUCGUUCGGGUCGGUGACGUUGGCAAAGGCGCAGUUCGAGAUCUCGCAGAUUAACGGCAAGGAGGGCACGCUCAUGGACCAGUCGAUCAUCCCGACGAUCCGCGAGGAAAACUGGAACAACAAGAACAAGGGUCUCGUGGCGAUCAAGACCAUGAUGACGCGCUUGCCGACCUUGAACGACUACACGCGGGUGCGCGAGAUCAAGUUCAUCCUCCAGAUCCCGGCGCACGCGCACCUUGUUCAGAUCUACGAGUUGUUCAUCGACGACUCACUAUACCAGCUCCACAUUGUGAUGGAGUGCAUGGAGCAGAACAUCUACCAGCUAAUGAAGUGCCGCAAACGCCGAGUUUUUUCACUCCCUACGCUUCGGUCCAUAUUAUCGCAGAUACUCUCAGGCAUCCGGCACAUACAUGCACAUAACUUUUAUCACCGCGACAUCAAGCCCGAGAAUAUCUUGAUUUCGCCUGCAAACCGUUACUAUAGCAAGGAAUGGAUCAGUGCUGGCCACUAUCCCGACAACUACGUCGUCAAAAUCGCCGACUACGGACUUGCGCGCCAUGUGACUAACAAGUCUCCUUACACAGCGUAUGUCUCAACGCGCUGGUACCGGUCGCCGGAAAUCCUCUUACGUCAGGGUUCAUAUUCCCGGCCACUCGAUAUAUGGGCGUUUGGCUGUGUUGCCGUUGAGGUGGCCACGUUCAAACCUUUAUUUCCCGGGGCGGACGAGAUGGACCAAAUCUGGAAAAUCUUGGAGUUGCUAGGGACACCACAUCCCUGCCAUGAAUCUAAGAUCUCCGGGUACGUACCACAUGGUGGUGCAUGGCUGCAGGCCGAACACUUGGCUUCAAGGCUAAAUCUCAAGUUCCCGUACGUCGAGGGCAAGGAUAUUUCCUGGGUCAUGUGCAACCCACAGUUGGAGUCUCUAUGCGACGUUGUAAGAGCAUGCUUGGUGUGGAACCCAGAUGAUAGAGCCACGGUCGAAGAUUUGUCACAAAUGCCUUAUUUCGCGGGCACCAUCGUGCAGGAGACGAAACAGCCUCCUCUGUCUACGGCGCAGUCGGCUCUGAUGUUCGCAGGUCUUCUGCCCUCAUCCGGAUUGCAGCAUCGUCGUCUGAUCUUCAACGACAAUGCCAAUAACCACAAUAGCAAUAACAGUAACGGUAGCAACAACGCUACGACUACGACGACCACGACUAUGACGACGAAUAUGACGGCUGCAACCACGAAGAAGACAACGCGGACUGGUGGGCCGGUGAAUCGAAAACGGGAAACCAACGACGAGAACGAUGUGGAAUCUCUAGCGCACCCGAUCCCCAUAAAGCGCACACUGGCAAACUUGCUCAGCUUCAACAAGGAGGAGCCCCAGCUCAGCUUCCGAGAGUUCCUGAAAGAGACCUCGGCAGAUAAGGCGAAACCUAACGCCAGCAACAGCAACAGCGGCAACUGUGCCGCCAACCAGCUGGGCCACAGCAACCACAACAUCAACAACUACCUAAACAGGAACAACAACAGCGGCACCCAGCACGGUCCCAGCUACAAUAACUACGGUCAAAACCUCAACCAGCAGAGCGGUAGCAGCAACCACAGUGGCAACGGCCGAAACCCCACCAACAACACCCACGCCGUCAACACUGCCAUCACCCAAACAAACACUAACAAAACUAAUCCCACAAAUAAUAAUACUAAUAAUAAUAAUAACACCCCUACCCCGACCACGACCACCACGACCACCACGACCACCCCCACGCCUGCGACCACUACGACCACCAUCACCAAUCACAACGGCCAACAUGAUGAUAAUGACAAUGAUAAAAGCAACUUCCGCAACGUGGGUGAUGGGCGCGCUGCCUCAGACUCCACCCUAUCGGGGCCAGAAGAGCUCACCAAGGAGAUAUCCGCCAACAUCGAACUAUACCAGGAGCCCCCGCCGCUGGCCGAGGAACAGCCUCUAUAUGACGACAUAUUUGGCACGACCGAAAACAUAGAACUAGACGAGGAUGGCGACGACGACGACCCGGAGGACGAAGACGUCAGCUUCAUCCUGAUGUACAAGAAUGCAGUGAAUCAGGGCGGUGCCGGCGCCACCCAGCGCGAGAACAUUGAGCCGCUGGCUCGCAACUACAUACACGAAUCGACGCAUCAGAACUGCCACGCAAUCGACGAAAUGUCCAUUGACGACGCCUCCACCGACUCACACAGCCAAAUACCUCGCGACUUCAUCAUGGAGCCCACCACAAUCCCGCAGCACGACAUCCUCCCCCCCGCACAGGUCCGCCACGAGCCUACCCCAAACCACAGCUUUGAAGAUGGCUUGAGUUUCUGA